UUGCCAUCCUACACAAUGUCGAUGAGUGUCUUCGCUGUUUUUCUUGGUGCUCUGCUUGUUCAAGCCCAGGAUCAAUCAGGAUUUAUCAGCAUAGAUUGCGGAGCUCCAUCGGACACGGACUACACUGAGCCAAAAACAGGCAUAAAUUACACAUCAGAUGCCAAUUUCAUAGACACGGGUGAAAGUGGGACAAUAAUACCUGAAACCAUCAACACUGUCUACCAACGACAGAUGAUGAAUGUGAGAAGCUUCCCAAUAGGAAAAAGGAACUGCUACAAAAUAAGCAUCACCAAAGGUUCCACUUAUCUCAUCCGCACCAAUUUUUUAUACGGAAAUUAUGAUAAGCUAAAUAAGGCACCAAAGUUUGAUAUUCAUCUGGGGGUUAACCACUGGUACACAGUGACUAUAGACAAUGCAUCCACUCCCCAAGUGAAUGAGAUCAUAUAUGUACCUUCACUGGAUUAUCUGCAUAUCUGUCUGGUUAACACAGGCCAUGGCACACCCUUUAUAUCAGCUAUAGAAUUGAGGACUUUGAAAAAUGGUACUUACGUCCCUGAUUCUGGAUCAUUGGAAUAUUACAGGCGGUGGGAUUUAGGUUCAAACGACAGCUACAGGUACAAUGUUGAUGUUUAUGAUCGUUUCUGGUAUAACUAUGGGGACAACAAGGAUUGGAAACAAAUAAAUGCUUCCAUUGCUGCUGGUUCUUUCGAUCAGAAUGAUUACAAACCGCCAGGAAUUGUCUUGAGUACCGCAGUUACACCAGUAAAUGCUAGUGUCCCAUUGGUAAUAAGCUGGGAGCCACAAAAUCCAACUGAAGAAUACUAUGUUUACAUGCACUUCUUCGAGAUUGAAGUGCUAAGGAAGAAUCAGACAAGAGAAUUCAAUAUCACCCAGAAUGGAAGGCCAUGGUUUCAAAAUUUGUCUCCGUUUUCCCAGAGAAUGAACACUAUAUAUAGCAAAUCAGGCAUCAGUGGGGAAAAAAUUGAAUAUUCGCUUGAGAAAGCCAAGAGUUCAAGCCUUCCUCCCAUCAUAAAUGCCAUUGAAAUUUACAGAGUGAUAAACUUCCAGCAGAAAGAUACACACCAAGGAGAUGUUGAUGCGAUUGCGAGCAUCAAGUCGGUUUACGGAGUGAAAAGAGAUUGGCAAGGUGAUCCAUGCGCCCCUGUAGCCUACUUGUGGGAUGGUCUCAAUUGUAGUUAUCUCGGCAAUAAGAACCCAAGAAUCACAACUUUGAAUUUAUCUUCAAGUGAACUGUCAGGAAGAAUAGAUCCUACGAUUUCAAAUCUCAUCAUGUUGGAGCAGUUGGAUUUAUCCAACAAUAACUUAUACGGCGAAGUUCCUGAUUUUCUAUCUAGACUACAACAUUUGAAGAUGAUAAAUUUUGAGAACAACAACCUCACAGGUUCAAUUCCCGAGGCACUAGUUCAAAAAUCUAAGGAAGGCUUCCUAUCACUAAGGGUGGGCCAAAAUCCAUAUCUAUGUGAAUCCGAUCAAUGCAAGGAGAAGAGGAAGGAAAAGAAGAAUAUUGUUACUCCCUUAUUAGCAUCCGUUUGUGGGGUUUUGAUCAUUCUUAUGACUGUGGCAGUUGUAUUGUGGACUCUUGAAAGGAGAAAACCCAAAGGUGAGACUACUACAAUUAGACUCAAUUUUAAUUGAAAAAUUGCCAAAGCGGAAAGCACAGAACAAGAGGAUUCAUUACAUCAACUAAAAAAACAGAUAUAUUCAUACUCUGAUGUAGUUAGAAUCACCAACAAUUUCAGUACAGUCGUUGGUAAAGGUGGGUUUGGAACAGUUUAUCUGGGUUAUAUUGAUGACAUUCCCGUGGCAGUGAAAAUGCUGUCUCCAUCUUCAGUUCAUGGUUAUCGACAAUUUCAAGCAGAAGUUAAAAUUCUAAUGAGGGUUCAUCAUACGAAUCUCACCUCCCUCGUUGGAUAUUGUAAUGACGGAGAUUAUAAGGGUCUCAUAUAUGAGUACAUGGCUAACGGAGACUUACAACAACAUCUUUCUGGUAAACACAGCAAAUCAAAAUUCUUGAGCUGGGAAGACAGACUUCGUAUAGCAGUGGAUGCAGCACUAGGAUUGGAGUAUCUUCAAACUGGUUGCAAGCCUCCUAUAAUCCACAGAGACAUAAAAUCUACAAACAUCUUGUUGGAUGAAAAGUUCCAAGCAAAAUUAUCAGAUUUCGGUCUAUCCAAAAUUAUCCCAAUUGAUGGAGGAACUCAUGUGUCAACUGUUGUUGCUGGUACUCCCGGUUAUCUAGACCCAGAGUACUACAUAUCCAAUAGAUUAACACAUAAAAGUGAUGUUUAUAGCUUUGGAGUUGUUCUUUUGGAAAUCAUCACUUAUCAACCAGUAAUAGUAAUAGCACGGAAUGAAGAAAGGGUUCACAUCACUGAAUGGGUCAGAUCACUGAUUGAAAGGGAUAUCAAGGCGAUUGUUGACUCAAGGUUAGAAGGAGAUUUUGACAUUAAUUCAGCUUGGAAAGCCGUAGAAAUAGCAAUGGCAUGUGUUUCCUUUAAUCCCAGUGAAAGGCCAAUGCUGAGGAUGAUAGUGACUGAACUAAGAGAUACUUUAGCAAUCGAAUUAGCUCGAACAAAACUCAUUGAUGCACAUCUAACAACAGAUUCUAUUGAACCGCUCGCCAUGAAUCUGGACACUGAAUUCACUCCUCUGGCGAGGUAAAAUAUAAAAGAAAUCAAAUAAUGUAAAAGAGGAAGUGAUCUUAUUAAGAACUUGGUCGAGAGGUUCUUUCCUUUGCUCUUCUGUAACUGCUUCACCUGUUUCCAUUUCCAUGGAUGAUGAUUUCUGCUUCUACCCUAAAACGUAAUUGCAUCCUUUUUCUUAUUCUUCAAUGUCUAUUCAAC